ACCAUUAGACAUAUCCUCCUUGCUUCAACACUUUCCUUAUAUCUCUGAAAAUGGCUUCCAAAGCUUCCUCAUUCCUUGCCCUUGUGCUCAUUUCCAAUAUCCUCAUUGCCAUAGCAGUUGCUGGACGCAGCAUUUCCAAGAACACCAACACACAAGACAAGAAAGAGCCUCAGUUCUUGUUCAAGUCUCAUGAUAGGGUUUAUAUUCCAGGCAUUGGACCUGUAGGAUUUCCACCCAAAUUUCACGUUACACCUCACAAUCCAUUUACUCAUUGCAAUGGAGGAGUUGGAGCAGGAACUGGAUCAGGAACAGGAACAGUAACUGGCCCAGGAACCGGAACAGGAGGAACUGGUUCAGGAACAGGAACAGGAACUGGAUCAGGAUCAACUGGUCGAAGUUAUGUCCCAGGUGGUGAUGACACUUUUGUCCCAAACCCUGGUUAUGAGGUUCCCAUUCCUGGCACUGGUGGCAAUGUUCCAGCACCAGUUCAUCCAUGAGUUAUCUCGUGCAUGUUUGUAAUGCAUGCAUGCAUGUUAGAGGUAGUUCGUAAUGUUUAAGAUUGUCUUUUUUCUUUUUUCUUUUUCUAUUUUCUAGUCAUAGCAAUCGAUAAAUAAGUGUGUCCAUAUGCACAUUAGUGAGUGUGUGUGUGUAUGGUCAUCAGCGUGACUGCGAAGUCUUUCUGUUUUGUCGUUAAUUGUAUUGUUUUAAGCUGAAUUAAGUGUGACGUAAGUUUUGUUCUUCCGUUCAAA